UAGAUUUUGCAAACUGUAUAGCUGUAGUGAGGGGAUUUAUGAAUGAUUCAAGCAAUGUGAAGUAGGGAAGACCUUUGGAAGCAAUCUUGUUGUGCAUCCCUUCUGGUUACCAUUGUGUGGAUUUGGCUCUAUAUAAGGACCAUCAAAUUGUUAUGUUGCUAAAUAAGAUGAAUGAUACUGGUGAAAAUUUGGGAGAUGCCUGGAUGAUGAUCUUGCAGGCCAGUGACCUUCCAUUUGUGCAAAUUUCAGGAACCACUCGGGCAAAUAACUGGGAGUUGUACCAAUUAAAGGACUCUAUAUUACACCUAGAUGUGGAGAAUGAGAAGAUUCGCAGCAUUCCCCAUACUGUUGUUCCUCCCUUCUUAGUUAGUGCAAGUAGAGGUGUGGCUUGUGUUUUAGCUGCAAGAAAACGGGCCCUGGUCUACAUACUGGACGAGGAUGAAGAUGAAAUCUCUGAUUCAGAAUGACUGUCUGUUCAAGAUUUUGUGGUGGUUAUGCUCGUGUUGCUCCUGUGGGUGGACCUCUGCUCUCCGAAGCUGCAGACAUCGGUGUGAGAAGCAAUGCAUUUUGGCUUUUGUGACUGAAGCUUUUCGGCUCCGUCCUUGGAGUCUUAAUUUAUACCUCCCAUGUGCCUUUUCUGCUAGGUGGGCAUUUGUUGAAGAGAAAAUUGGAGUAGGUAACUAUUUGUCUAUUAAUUAGAGCCAUGGCUUCAAUGUGGUGGCAAUCGUCUCCGUGGUAUUGCUGCAAGAUUCGAGACCCAUUCGACAGUCCCAAUCUCAUGCUUCAUCUGUUAUAAACAUUAACUUUCAUAUAUAAGAGAACCAAUUGCUCGGUGUAGAUUAUUUAUACUUUGGGUUGAGUGGUUCA